GGAUGAAAAUUUUUAAUUUUUAUUAUUUAUAAUCUCUUCCGUUUCUUCUUCUCUUCCCCCUUCUCUGCACACACCCCUUCUUCUGUUCUCUCAUUCUUCCAAUUCUUCAAUCUUCGAAUCCUCCAUUUGAGUUGCUCUGAUUUUCUCGGGAAAACAAAAUUUUCCGGGGAAGUUCUCAUUUUCACUGCGCAAUCUGAAGUCCCGGAAUCUGUGGCUUCCAACGAAAUCACAGCUUCCAGCAAAAUCAUUGGCUGGUGGGGUUGGUCCCUGUGAAGCUUAGGGUGUUUACAAGGACUGGCUCUGAUUUUGCUCCAAUGGAGAUGCAGGACCAAAUCGAAGGCACAAAGCUAAGCAAGUCUGGUACAGCCAGUGACUGCCAUUCCAAUGAUGGAUCACAAUCCCAAUCGCCAGAUAUAAGUUCUGUUGUGAACAAUCAUGCCCCCAAGGUGAGGAAACCAUAUACCAUCACUAAGCAAAGGGAGAAGUGGACUGAGGAAGAGCAUGAAAAGUUCCUUGAAGCUUUGAAGUUGUAUGGUCGGGGAUGGCGUCAAAUUGAAGAGCAUAUAGGCACCAAAACUACUGUUCAGAUUCGAAGCCAUGCACAAAAGUUUUUCUCUAAGGUUGUGCGGGACUCGGACGGAAGUGCUGAAAGUUCUAUACAUCCAAUUGACAUACCUCCUCCUCGUCCUAAAAGGAAACCCCUUCAUCCAUAUCCCCGUAAAUUGGCCAACUCCCUCAAAACGCACUCCAUACCAAAUGAACCAGAAAAAUCUCCAUCGCCUAAUCUGUCCUCUGCGGAGAAAGACUCUCAAUCUCCAACCUCUGUGCUAUCUGCCUUUGGUUCGGAAGCAUUUGGGUCAGCAUUUUCAGAGCAGACCAACAGAUGCCUUUCUCCGAAUUCUUGCACUACUGACAUUCAAUCAAUCAACUUGUCACCUAUUGAGAAGGAAAAUGAUUGCAUGACAUCUAAACCAUCCAAGGAGGAAGACAAAACGCCUCUAGCUUCUGCCCCUUUAUCCAUCAGCUCACAACCUUACUUGCACAUGUCUGAGAAGUUGGAGUUGUGUUCCAAGCAAACCAAGUGUAUCAACAAUGAUGUUGUCAAUGUCCUGCCCACUACUAUAAAGCUGUUUGGAAGAACUGUUUCAAUGGUCGGUAAUCAGGAGUCAAUUAAUACUGAAGAGGAGUGUGUUAAGCUAUGUAUUACUAGGUCUGAUGAAGUAGAUGAUGUUGAGAAUCAAUUGAAUACACAGUUAUCACUAGGCAUGUGUAAUGGAAGUUGGCAAGUAAUGCCUAAAGAAGCUAUAGUGAAGGAGGACCUUGGCCUUGGAGAAUCUGCACCUGAAGCAUCUUUGUCAUGGUCAAGUUUGUUCCCAGGCGGUCCGGCUGCUUACUUUGGUUCAUCCAAUACAGUCGUAAAUCCUAUGCCUCUUCACCCCUCCUUGAAAGUAAGAACUAGAGAGGAGGAAGGUUCUUGUACUGGUUCCAAUGGUGAAUCAGUCAAUGAUGUGGAAAUUCAGGGCAAGAUUCAGGGAAGGUUCUUGGACACCGUCGAUUCCAGGUGUCAACAAACAUCUCAUCAAGAGGAAGUAGUAGUCCCCCAGAAGUCUCCAAGGGGUUUUGUACCAUACAAAAGAUGUUUAGCUGAAAGAGAUGCAAGUUCUUUGAUUGUUGCAUUGGAAGAAAGGAAGGGGCAAAGAGCUAGGGUGUGCUCAUAGCCCUUACAUUCCCCCAUUUUUUUUUUUUUAAUUUCAUGAUGCUUCAUUCUUGCUGAUACAUGGGAUAAACGGGCUCUUGUGAGAAUAAGGAACUAAUUAUCACUUAGGUAGCUGAGUUCUAAUUGUCAAAAUUGACAAAGCAUCUGAUUCUUUAACACGAAGUGUGCAACUGGGAGCUUUCUUCAUUCUUUCACUUUAAGACACUCUUUAUGUUCAAUAAUUCAAGAGGGGGUGGUGGGCAUCAUCAUCAUUCUCACUAAAAGUUUGCUUAACCAGGUCCACCUUAUAGUCUCUAUUUAACUUGUGUUAGUGUUCUGUUUUUGGCAUAUUUCAUGUCUCUUUAUAAUCUCAUGAUUGCAUCAGUAAUGGAUUGAGGGUAUAUAAAAGGAAGGGUGGAAGACAAGCACAUUCAGGAUGUCUCAGCUCACAAAACAUUAGUUAGUUAUACAAACCCGAACGAUGAUAAUUAGGGUACUAUUGUGGGGUGUCGUGCCGCAAACCACCUGGGCAAUUUGUAUAUCUGAAUUUUUCUUCUGUAUUAAAUUUUUAUGUAUA